AUUAGUCCAGAAUUUGCAACUCCAGAGUAGAGCUGUUUUUGAUUGAAUUUCAUUGCAAAUUUUGGACUUUAUUUUUAGCUUUUUCUGUUUUAAUGCUUAACUCUUUUACUUAUUAGCAGAGAGGAAAUGAGUCAACUUUUGAAUGCACUCCGGGAAACUCUUGUAUUAAGCAAAUUAAGUUUCCACAACUAUCCUAGGAAAGGAAGGAAGUUGCUUCAACAUGGGUCAUGCUCUUAUCCCAUAAAGAACAUUCAAUUACCUUUGCAAGGUGGUUUGGAGGUUGUAACUCAUGUUAAAAGUUCUCAUAUGGAGAAGGCUUCUCUCUGUGAUGGAGUAGAAUUGGAGGCCUGGCCACAUGUACAAACUCUUAGAGAAUUUCCUCGAGAGGAGCUUUUUGCAAAAGUUGUUAUGGUGAGAUUUGAUUCUACCAUUUUCCUUGGGGAAAAACUGGAUUGGAGUUCUCAAUCUGCUUUGAGAGCACUUUACACCAUUAAGUUUUUACAUGAAUCUGGGGCCAAGGUGAUUCUCGUGAGUGCAUGGAGUAUGAAAAUCAAUCCCAAACUUCUUGCUGCAGAAGCUGUUGCUGAUAUUUUGUCAUCAGUUCUCCAGUUAAAAGUUGCUGCUUUAAGAUGUAUUUCUUGCAACAUGCCAUUGGAGAGGAAAGAUCUGCAGAAAGCAGACAUCCUUCUUCUAGAGAAUCUUUCCAAUUAUAAAGAGGAAGCUGCCAACUGUUCAAAGUUUGCGGAACUUUUAUCAUCAGAAGUUGAUUUUUUUGUUAAUGACUCAUUUUUCCAGUCUCAUAAAAUUCUUGCAUCAACAGUUGGUGUUGCUCGUUUUUGCUAUGCCUCUAUGGCUGGUUUUUCCUUUGAGGAAAGCCUUUGUCAGCUCAAGAAGACUGCAAAAACUAACAAGAAACCAUAUAUUGCAAUUAUUGGAGGAGGCAAUCUCAACAACAAGGCAGCUGCUUUACAAUUUUUAGCAUCUAGAUGUGAUGCAUUGGUCUUCGUUGGACAAAUGUCCUUUCAGAUAAUACAUGCUUUGGGACACUCUGUUCCACCUAAUCUGGUGGAACUUGAGUCGCAAAAAGCAGCUUUAGACAUUGUACAGUUUGCACAUGAUAAAAAUGUGCUCAUAUUGUAUCCAAAAGAUUUUUGGUGUGUGAAUCAGCACCUUCCUAAGCGAUUGGAUUUUCUUCCUGUUCAUGGAGUUUUAGAUGGUUGGUUACCAGUUGAUCUUGGACCUAGUUCAUUGGAUGAAAUAAACUCUCUGGUUACAAAUUCCAAGAAAAUUAUAUGGAUUGGUCCAGUAAAAUUUUGGUCCUCCAGUCCAUAUACAGGAGGAACUUCUAAAUUGGCUCAGAUGCUUUACAAACAGUGUCAAUGUGAAUGUGAGAUAACGAUUGUUGGGGGUACAGCAUGUGAAGCAAUCAAAAAUGAAUCAAGCUCUGUAUCUUCUUUUAACAUGCUGGAAAACGCUUCAGCUGUUUGGGAGUUUCUCAAAGGACAAAAGCUGCCUGGGGUCAUGGCCUUAGAUAGAGCAUAUCCAUUUGAGAUUGACUGGAAUAUUGCCUACUCUGAUCCAUCCCGACCUUUGGUUGUUGAUAUUGGAAGUGGUAAUGGACUCUUUAUCAUGGGAAUGACCAGAAAGAGGAAGGAUCUGAAUUUUCUUGGUUUGGAGAUUAAUGGAAAGCUUGUAAAACGUUGUCUGGAUUCUGUUCAUCAAUCUGGCAUCACAAAUGGGUACUUUAUUGAAACAAAUGCAACAUCAACAUUCCGUUCCAUUGUUUCCAGUUACCCUGGAGAAUUGGUUCUUCUUUCGAUACAGUGCCCAAACCCGGAUUUUAACAAACCAGAACAUAGGUGGAGGAUGCUGCAAAGGUCAUUAAUUGAAGCAGUGGCAGAUCUUCUUGCGUCUAAGGGGAAGGUCUUUUUGCAAUCUGAUGUUGAAGCAGUUGCUAUGAGACUGAAAGAAGAGUUUUUGAAAUAUGGAAAGGGUAAAUUUCAUGUAUUGCAUGAUCGUUACGACCUAAUAAUUAAUGGAAAUACAUGGCUCAAGGAGAACCCAUUUGGAAUUCAUUCAGACUGGGAGCAACAUGUCAUAGGUCGUGGAGCUCCUAUGUACAGAUUAAUGCUCUCCAAUGCAACGGCUCUUGAAUAAGUUGUUGGAAUUUGCUGGUUCUGAAAAGUUGGCCGUAGCUGGGAUGCCCUCAUACUGCUUGAAGAUCAUUUGUAGAGAAACUAGAUUUCAGUGCAGCCAUGGUUUACCUUUCUUGGAGAUGAACAUGAGCUACAUGCUACAACUUUCAUGAAAUUUUCUUUGCCAGACACUGGAAGCGACUGCAAUAUGCAUGAUUGCUCGGAUAUCUGUGAGGAAAUGCAUGACAAGCAACCUUGCCAAAGCAGGGAAUUGAACUCAGAUGUUGGGCACUUGGCAGCGUCAUGCUUAUGGCAGUAGAGACUACAAAUUGCCAAGAAUGGUUACCUUGACAGAGUCUAUAUAAGGCAAAAGUUAGCAGCUUUUAAGACAGGUGGAGAGCUAUCAGUUUUUAAGAAAAAGGAACAGCAGUUUGUAUUUUCCUUUUCUUUUGUGAACUUCCAUUAUCAAGCCCUUCCUGAAUCUGUAGCUUAGAAAAAUUUUAACAUGAAGGCAUCUAUUCACCCCCCUGUGACAUCAUGAUUUGAUCAACCUUUUUCCUUGAGAUUGUGACCAAAAGAAAGAAGCUUUUUUCCUUGGAUUACUGUGGUCACACAAAUUCAAGCUGCAGUCAAAAGCAAAAGAGAGUUCAUCAUUAGAGCCCCAGAGUCAGAAGGUAGCAGCAUUAUUUCAUUUGAUUUGGGUGUCUUGGAUUUAACCUGGAAGGUUUCUUUCUUUGUAGUAUUGUAUUCCCCAAAAAAAGGCAGAAAUUAAAUAAUAAACAAUCAAAAGCACUUUUCCAA